GACUGCUUCAGCGUAUAACAAGUUUCAACACAUUCUGGCCAUUUGUCACAAACCCAUACCAUGUCUGCUCUCACGAUCUCCAAAAAGAGAAAAUUCGUCGCUGAUGGUGUUUUCUACGCCGAGUUGAACGAGUUCUUUACUCGUGAGCUCUCUGAGGAGGGUUACUCUGGUUGUGAGGUCCGUGUUACUCCUUCUCGCUCGGAGAUCAUCAUCCGUGCCACUCACACCCAAGAUGUUCUUGGAGAGAAGGGACGCAGAAUCCGUGAGCUUACCGCUUUGGUCCAAAAGCGUUUCAAGUUCGCCGAGAACACUGUCGAGCUUUACGCCGAGAAGGUUCAAAACCGUGGUCUUUGUGCCGUCGCUCAAUGCGAGUCUCUCCGCUACAAGCUUUUGGCUGGUCUCGCUGUCCGUCGUGCUGCCUACGGUGUUCUCCGUUACGUUAUGGAGGCUGGUGCUAAGGGUUGUGAGGUUGUCAUCUCUGGUAAGCUUCGUGCUGCCCGUGCUAAGUCUAUGAAGUUCGCUGACGGCUUCAUGAUCCACUCUGGUCAACCCGCUGUCGACUUCAUCGACUGUGCCACUCGUCACGUCCUCCUUCGUCAAGGUGUUCUCGGUGUUAAGGUUAAGAUUAUGCUUCCCGAGCCCAAGACCCGCCAAAAGAAGUCUCUUCCUGACGCUGUUGUCGUCUUGGACCCUAAGGAGGAGGCUCCUAUCACCGAGCCCUACACCGUCGUCAACCAACCCGUCGGUGCUCCUGCUGAGGAGGCUGCCGUUGAGGAGGCUCCUGCUGCUGCUCCUGCUGCCGCUGCUGCUUUCUAAAAUAAUCUCUGCUAGCCUUGGUAAAUAUAGCAUGGUGUUUUUGCAACAGUAUA